AACACUAAUCUUCAAAAAAUAUCAAAUCCAAAAACCUAAUAAAUACCAAUCAUGACAAUUGAAUACAUUAUUUAUCCAUCAUUUUUUAAUAGUCCCCUUACGAAUCGUUUGCCCUUAUUAACAUAAAUCUCACGAGAAGUUGCACAAUAGUAACUAAACGAGAAAAUCAACUACCAUGACCGGCUGUAGCCGGUAAAACGACAAAAAAAAUAGGAAAGCAAAGGUAAAGAUGGGGACCGGUGUCGCCGGGAAAAACGAAGACAAAGAUAUGAGCAAACAGUAAAUGCUCAAAGAUCUCCAUUUUUGUCCAAUGUAAGAUAAAGAAACAAAGAAAGAAACAUAUACACAUUUCUAUUACAUAAUAUAACUUAUAGCUUAAAAAGGAUUCAAGAGAAACAAAGAGAAGGAGAGACAAAACCUUCUUCUUCUUUAAAAAAAAAAAAAAAAAAUCCUUGCUUUGGCCUUCUUUCUUUGCUUUUAUUUAUUUAUAUAUAACCCCAUUUUUAAUCUCUCACUUAAACUAGCUCUUACAGUUUUCACUCUCUCUCUAGCUCUCACCGACCAUUUUCUGUUUGUUUCCUUUUAUACAUUUUCUUGCAAAACACUCCUAAGUUGACACUCUUUUUUGCAAAGUCUGCUGCUUUUUUCUUGUUUUUGUUUUAGUAUUUCUGGUGUUUGUUGCUAGAACAGUUUGAGUUGGUUGACUCGGACUCAAAUCGUUACAUGGGGUGUUGGAUUAUGAGUUCUUGAUUGUGAGGUCUGGGUUGACAAGUGAAAGCCACAACAAUGGGUCUGGUUUUGAAGGACUCGCUUAAGGAUCUUUGUUGCAGUAAUGGGUGGUCUUACGGAGUUUUUUGGUGCUUUGAUCAAAGAAAUUCCAUGUUGUUGACUGUGGAAGAUGCCUACUAUGAAGAAGAAAUGGGGACACUGGUUAACAAUAUGCUUCAACAGGUCCACAUAAUAGGUGAAGGGAUUGUUGGCCAAGCUGCUUUAUCUGGCAAGAACCAGUGGAUUUUUUCAGAUGCUAAGAAUGGAGGACGGACUUCUGCUUCUUCUUCUAGAAGCAAUCAUAUAUAUCAGGACGGUUCUGACAUUGACUGCCAAUUUUAUUGUGGACUAAAGACGAUAGCAGUAAUCCCUGUGGAAUCGCGAGGAGUGAUACAAUUUGGAUCAACCCGGAAGAUUUUUGAGACACCACAAUUUUUGGAUCAAGCAAAAAGAUUGUUCAGUGAAAUGGAAAAUGUCAGUGGGAUUGCUUCACUCAACAACCCACCUUCAUCUUUGAACCAUGAGGGCUGUGAUCUGAAUGAGUGGUUUGCUUCCUUCUGUAAUGGUAAUAUCACACCCAUGCAGAGUGGAAGCUGCAGCGAGCUAAUGGAAGUAGCUUAUUCUUCAGUAAAUUUUACUCAGUCUUCUGCUUUCACAUCGGACUUUCAACAAGAGAAAAUGGACCCUUUAUGUCUGGAAUCAUGCCAUCUUACUAAUUCAAUGCAGACUGGAACUGAAGCUCAAGUGGUAUUGACAAGCAAUCCUAAUACUCAGUUUGAGCAGGUGGCUUUGCAAUCUGCCUUCUCUUCAGAGAAAUCAGCUUCUAAAACCCCUUGCAUUAGUACUUGGGGUAAUGAAGGUUCUAUGUUGACCUCAUUGGAGUCACAGUUUGCAUCUAAUAUGGGAGUUCAGAAUUCUCUGAAUGUUUUUUCUACAAAAGAAAAUGCUCCAGUGUCUUGUGGGUGUAUAAAGCAGGAUUUUCAAUGGGGAUCCAGUGGUACUUCAUUUUACAGCACAGGCGGGUUGGUUAAAGCAGAAAGAGAAACUGGCCUACAGAAAUUCCCUGAGGAGUUUAAGCUAGAUGAUAUUGUGACGGAUCUCUCCAGCUGCUUUGCAAUGGAAAAUCUUUUUGAGUGUUUUGCUACAUCAGAGCAUGGCAGCAGCAAAAUGGCACCCAUUAUGGUUGAGAAUGUCUCACAAUCAGCAGGAGUUACUCCGGUGUCAUCCAGCCUUGUUGGAGAUGUUACACAUGACAUUCCACUUGCACAACCAUCUAAUUCAAUGCAAAGUUCCAUUACUGAUUCCUAUUUUUGCACCCGUCAAGAGAAAACUAUUGAUACUGGCAACGACCUGUUUGUACAUUUGGGAUUGCAUUAUGGAUGUGAACAAGAUGCAAAUUGCCAAGAAAAUAUGAUGAAGCGAGGAACAAGUAAUGGUAACUUGGCUAUCAGCAAUGGUGUUUCAGAAUGCAUCUCAGAGCUGGAUGUUAAUUCUGAGGUUGGCCCCAGAAAAGGAUUGUUCUCAGAAUUAGGACUCGAAGAGCUUCUAAAUGGGGGUAAUAAUUCUAGUUACACUACCAACUCUAGUAUUGAUGAUCAAUUUUCCACCGCCAAGAGUGUAUCCCACAAUCAAGCUCAGUCAGGGAGCAUUGCUUGCUCUAGUGGUAGUAAGAUAACGCAACCUUCAUAUUAUAAGGAUAAGGCUAGCAAUCUUCUACCAAAGAAAGAGAUGUUUCCCAAAUCACAAGUAGGUUUGUGGAUUGAUGAUAGCUAUAGCAUUAACGAUGGAAGUGCUCUUCCUACAAAGCCUAAGAAGCCUGAGGAGCCUACAAAGGCCACCAGGAAACGAGCAAGACCUGGGGAAAGUACUAGACCAAGGCCGAAAGACCGUCAGCAGUUCCAAGACUGCAUCAAAGAGUUGAAAGGGAUCAUCCCCGAUGGUGAAAAGUGUAGCAUAGAUGCUCUGCUGGAUCACACCAUCAAAUACAUGCUAUUCUUGCAAAGUGUGACAAAAUAUGCAGAUAAGCUUAAACAAGCUGAUGAGCCGAAGCUCAUUAGCAAGGAGCAAAAAACGUUUCCUCAAGACACAAGCACAAGUGGUGGUGGUGGUGCUACAUGGGCACUGGAAGUUGGAGAUCAAUCAACGGCUUGUCCUAUCAUAGUUGAAGAUCUCUCUCCACCUGGCCUAAUGCUUAUAGAGAUGCUUUGUGAGGACAGGGGUUUCUUUCUUGAGAUAGCAGAUGUGAUUAGGGGCUUCGGGUUGAAUAUAUUGAAAGGAGUGAUGGAAACUCGUGAGGAUAAGAUAUGGGCACACUUCAUUGUUGAGGCAAAGACGCAUACAACCAGGAUAGAAAUAGUUUGGUCCCUUGUCCAAUUUCUACAACUAACAUCAACAGGUGGCACGGACUAAACAAAUCAGCCUAGUAGCAUUAUGAAUGGAAAAGGGUCCCUCUUAUAAACAAUUAUCAGCAACCUGCAUUGCCAUGUCCUAUCAGUGUAGCUGAUAUAUCUCAAUGAUAUAUUUCCACAAACAAGAAUUUGUUAUAACACCUUGAGCAUUCACUUCUUGAGAUACUGCUAUGAUCGGUGUGCUGUGCUGGUUUUAACUGCCAGCAGGAAGGAAGUGGGAAAGGAGGUUCUUGGUUCCAUAUUGACUCCCUUGAAAAUGGAAAUGAAAAUGUGAAUACAGUUGAUAGAUAGUGGUAAAAUACAUUCGUAAGGAAUGGCAAGUGAUCCUUUAAUAUCUUACAUAUUACCAUUGGAUACUUUGGAGCAUCAAGCAUGUGCUGUGCCAAGACAUGGUAGGUGCCUGCGCCUGUCUGUGAGAUCCUGAUGAGUUUGGUGAAUUUGCGUCUCACUUGCAAAUUGCUGGAACAAACUCUAGGGAACUAUAUAUAUAUAUUAUAUAUAUAUGCAGAUUUUUGUUUUCUACUUUUAGCAUUUGUUAUAGGCUGCUCCUGCCAUAACCUUAUUUAGUCGAGAAGUUUAUAAACUAGCUAGUAUUAGGCUAACUAUUCAUUUGUUCCAUAGCCAUCCGUUGUUCAUUUACUAGUAGAAUGACACAAUUAAUAUGAUC